GUCACACUACACACCGUGCACAAAAUAAAAAAAUCGAAUUACAGGAUUAUCAACAAUAUAAAACCCCCGAAAUAGUUAAUAAUAACUGAUAAGCCCCUUCAGCAAGUCGUUGGUGGUGAUAGUUCCCCACGAUAGUACAUCGAUACGCCAGAUAUCGAGUAAAUAUAUGCACUUUAGUGAUUUGUUGUCAGAUUGGAAAAGAAAAAGCACACAGAAAACGCAUCGAUUACACCGCACCAUUUUCUCUAUCGGGGAUAAGCGAAACUCCAGUUUUCCAGUGGGUGAAAGGAACCACUGGGUCGCAUUUUCUGCGACGACAUCUCGGACAAAGAACACAUAGUUCAUUGGAGUUCUGUGGAACGGAAAUUAAAACAAAAAGGCGUUGUUUCGCCACAAGAAAGUGUUGAAUCCACCAAUAACUAAGAACAGAGCAGCGGGGACAGUGCGGUCCAUAAGUGUAGCGGCGCACCACCAUGACAAUUAAGCCAGUGAGUGCACCACCGAGUGCGAAACGCGUGACUGGCAAUGUGGAUGCCGACAACAAGGAGGCUCAGGUUGUGGUGGUGGAGCAGUCGGUGGUCAGCCAGACCCACACCCACAACCAUCGCAACGUAGUCAUCGAUGGACAUGGCCAGAGUCCCCAGAGGCGUGGCGAGGUCUACGACGAACUGGCACGAACCCAUCGCUGCAGCCCCCACAAGAGCAGUACCCGUUCGAAGCGACGUGACCACCACGACACACAUGCCCAUCACUACAAACGCGAUCGGCUGGAGCGUGAGAAACUAAACCAUCCGGCGGCAGUGGCGGGCAGCGGAGCACCCGGUGUAUCUGGCAGCAAGUGCAACAGUCCGCCGUUGGCCUCCACAUCGGCCGGCAGCAGUCCAUCGGCGGUGGGCCGGAAUUCACCCGAACAUUUGGGGCUGGGCUGCGCCACAGUGCCCAAAGCCCAGGUGCAGAUGUCGCCGGCCACGGCAGCUGCCAAUCUGCUGAAAACAGUGGAGGAGACCUUUUCCGGCUACAACAGCGGCGAUGAGCAUCUGCAGCCCAAGGAGCGUUUGAUUCCUGUGGAGGAGUGGCAGCGACGCGACAUGGAGUUUGCCAAGUGCAUGGAACAACGCGGCUACGAAUUGAAGCCUGUCGAGGAGGACGGCGCCUGCCUCUUUCGAUCUAUUUCGCUGCAGAUCUACGGCGACGAGGAGAUGCACGACGUCAUUCGCCAACACACGAUGGAUUACAUUAACGGUAAUCGCGAGUACUUCGGUCAGUUUGUCACCGAGGACAUCAACAGCUACAUACAGCGCAAACGAGCUCGUGAUGCUCAUGGCAACCACAUCGAGAUCCAGGCCAUAUCCGAGAUCUACAGCCGAACCGUCGAAGUAUACUGCUACCAGUCCAAUCCUAUCAAUAUAUUCAAUUCGGAACAAUCGCAGGCAGGUUAUCCCCCACUGCGCUUAUCCUAUCAGCGCGGCUCACACUACAACGCUAUCCUAGAUCCCUACAACGCCACGGUUGGCGUUGGCCUGGGCUUGGCUGGUUACAAGCCCGAGAUCCAAACCAAAGAGGCAGCGCGUCUCAGCGAGCAGUUGGAGAUCGAACAGACCAUGUUCGAGGAUAAGCUAAAGACAACAGACUGGGAGGCCACCAACGAAGCCAUCGAGGAGCAGAUUGCCCGCGAGUCCUACCUGCAGUGGUGCCGCGAGAAUAUGCAACGCUCUCGCAGCAGUAACACGGCCGCAGGAUCGGCCACUUCCUCAACGGUUACCUCGGCGGAGGCGCUUACCGAUUCGGAUGCCUCGCCCUCAAAGUACUCCAUGUGUGGCGGCAGCACCACCGGCAGCGGCGGCGGCAAUCCGGCCGUGACCUUGACCAGCGCCAGUGGUGCUGAUGCCACAGCCCCAGCGUUUUCAUUGUCGCCGAAGACACUCAGUCAGUUUGGCCACAAGCUGCCGCCGGAGGUCAGCGAGCUGGCUGGCUACGAUAGCGAUGCCACAGACAUGAGUAGCACCAGCUCGGUGGGUCAUUGCGGUGGCAAUUCAUCGCCCAGCACUGGUUCUCCGGGCCAGCGUUCCGGCAAGGGAUCCAAGUCACACCGCCGCCCCACUGCUUUAAGGAAGAAGCGACGCCACGAGACUCGCGAGGCGCCACUUGCUGGCAAGAGCGCUGAGGUUUCGGAAGCUCCGCUGAGAAAGAGUCCUAAGCGCGAUUCUGUGCCGUCUGUGGCUCGCGCUGACACGCCGGAGGCUGAGCAGCGUCCGUGCACCUCGAAGCAGUCCUCGCACUCGCCACAGAAGAGCGGAGACACCAAGUCGCCCAGGGAUGAGAGCUACUCCAGCUUCUACCAGGAGUUGCUCGAGGCAUCCUACGCCAAUGAGGGAGUUAACGAGAGCGAGAUGCUGCAGCAGGCUAUUCAGAUGUCCACACGGGACUACAUGGAGGACCAAAAGCGCAAGUUUCUCUGCGGACCGUAGGCGGUGGUCCAUAGACACGCCUCGUCCUUUGUACAGUGAUUUAGCAGUUCUUUUCGCAACGAAAACGAAACACAAAACUUACCAAAAAAAAAAAGAAGAAAAACAA